AUGGACAGUGUUUGGGACGAUGCUAGAAUAGAAGACGGAACGGUGGAAGAACCAGCGGGUUCCUCUCAUGCUCAGGAGAAACUCGCGCUGAUAAAAUCAACAUUGCUUAAACUAGACCAAGAUGAUAAAUUAGAAAGCGGUUCCUGGGUGCAACUAGUCAAAUUAAUCUGUGACGAAGACCUUGAAGAAGAAUUUACCACAUUCAAGGAGUUAUUGAAGGAAGUCAGAAACGUUAAUGACAAAUCCAUUACGGGUGUUGCCUUAAUUCAUUAUAUCAUUGCGUUUGAUCGUGCAGAUUACAUUGAGUUGCUACAUGAUAACCCCUCUGGUGCAAAGCUAGAUUUGAAUCUUGUUGAUGACAUUGUAGGCUACACACCUUUGAUGUGGAGUUUCAGUUUACAGAGAAGGAACUGUUGCUUGGAGUUGUUCAACGCAUUCGACGAGAUAAACUUCAACAUGACGAAUAAAGCUGGACUAACUGCUUGGGAUAUGGUUCCUCCAUAUUCACCGCUUUCAGAAUUUUUGGAACAAAACAAUAUGUUUCGAUACCGUACUGAAGUAAAACGUGAAAUACCUCAAAUUUCUCAACCAAAGGACACCUCUCUUCUAUUGACUAAUGAAGAUUCUACCACAAAGGAAACUUUUGAUAAUAUUGACUUACAAGUGGCCGGUUUAACCUUGUCUCCUGGCGCAAAUGACAACCUGUUUCUGGAUUCAGAUGAUAAGAACAUGAACCAUUCGCAGGGAGCCGCAACAUUAAUCGAUCCAACAUAUACAGAAGAUUAUCACGGUACCUUUGAUUAUGAUAAAUUAUCUGCGGACCAGUACUUGGAAUUUUCGGAUUUCGAUAUACCACAAAUCUUAAAUCUAUUGAUAUCCCUACCACAAAAGGAACCUCACAUGACGACCUAUCCUGCUGGUUUAAUAUACCAAUGUAUCAGGUAUGCUGAUCAUAAGAUAAAGUCUAAGUCACUAGUAGAAUCAUUGAUUAACUUAUCUCUGACAAAAAUCUUGACCAGUGUUUCAUCCAACGGAGCUGCAGGGUUAGUCUCCACAGAAGCAUCUUUACAAGCAGGUGACAUUGUAUUGCAAUCGUAUUGGUUAAGUUGUCUAUCGUUUCUCUAUUAUUACCUCUGUAGAGACGAUUCGUUUUUCAAGAGGCAUCCGAGCGUGUUGCAGGAACUGAUCAACACCAUCCAUUCUAUUAUUAUAGAACUGACAUCUUCCAUUCAUUGCAGGUUAAUUUCUUUGAUAGAUUCAACUUUGCUAUCAUACACGACAAUUCAAGAUGUUAAACAAACUCUAUAUAAAAGAGACUGGAACUUUUUCAAAAAGAGAAAGCAGGCCAAGCUCUUAUUGAAGGAAAAGAAUAGAAAACAAUUAAAGGAUCAACAAAAAAAAGAACAUCAUCGAAAAAGUCAAGAUCAAGAAAACCGGAAAGAAGAAGAGAAUCAACAAGAUGGGAAUGAUUCAGAUGAUAGAGUAUCAACUAAUGAUGAUAACAACUCCAAUGCUUCGCUGUUUUAUGAUAAGGAAAUUUUAAGACAUUUAUAUCCUCCGUCAUUCGAAGAACAGAUGAAACCUUCUCCACUAAAGAUUGUUCAAAUAUUUGGCGCUUUGUCUUACGUUCUCAAUUUACAUCAAACGCAUCCAAUUUUUCAACAGCAAUGUCUCUCUAUAUCAGUUAAUUGGUUUGCCACGACUUUAUUCAAUAAGAUCCUGAAGGACAAAAAGAAGAGAUCGUUAUCAAGGGCCCAUGCCAUUCAAAUUAGACUAAAUCUUUCAACACUAGAAUCAUGGAUACAGAAUAACGAUUUCUGUGUUCCUAAACCGAUGCUUAUUGAUGACUUCAUGUGGCAGCGCUUUCCAAUAACUUUAAUUCGCGAUGUUGGCGAAAUAGACCUAUCGGAUCCGAUAUUGAGAAAUGUGGCAACUUACAAACCUGUAGAUGAAAAUAACAAAGACUGGAUAUAUGAUGCGUCAAACUCAUUAUUUUACUACCAACCUUUCCAUAAAAUUGCCCAAAUUCAUCUUGAGCCAGUUUUCCAACUGUUACAGUGGUUACAAGUAGCUACAACGCUCGAUAGUGAAGAAUCAUUGACAUCAACAAUGAGUUUAUUACCAAGAAUUACCCCUGUACAGCUACUGAAAUCUAUGGAGAAAUACAACUACGAAUUGAAUGAAAAUAAAUUUAAUUCUAAACUGAAGAAAUUUUUAAACAACAAAAUCAAAGAUAAUAAGAUGAGCAAAACAGAUGCAUAUCUGCAAGAACAUGAAAUUCCGUAUUUAGUGCUACCAACUAUUCCUGAAAUGACAGACUUGUAUUCAAAGGGUCCCGAUUCGCAUUCUUUCCAACCGUUUUUGCCUGGUAGUAUCCAGGACGAUGUUUAUGAAAUUCACGAUGCCAACUUCAAACAAAGACAAAAUGAGCCACAGAUUUCUCAGAAUAACUCGAAUAGGUCAGAUUCCUCUGAAGAUGAAGAUGAGGCGCAAGAUGAAGCUAAAGGAGGUUCAAGAGAAAGUACAGAGAUCGGCGAAGCAGCCGAAUCCGAAGGCAACGCGUUUAAUGGAGGUAAUGAUGAUUAUUUUAAAGAAUUAAAUAUUCCGUCUUCCACUGCUCAACGUCCUACUUGGUCGAAUAAUGAUGACAUAGAACAAAAUCCGUGGUAG